AUGGCGUCGUCGUCCUUUGAUGAAGAACUCGAGUCUGGAAGGUGGAAAAGAGCCGCACAUAUGGCGACCACAACCCUCAAAGUGGAUGGCAUGACCUGCGGCGCAUGCACCUCCGCCGUCGAAGGCGCUUUCAAUGGCGUCGAAGGGGCAGGAUCGGUAUCUGUGAGCUUGGUGAUGGGUCGAGCGGUAGUGCAUCACGACCCGGUUGCAUUGCCGCCUGAGAAGGUCGCUGAAAUUAUCGAAGAUCGAGGGUUCGAUGCGCAAGUUCUGUCGACAGACAUGCCGAGUGCCUCGAGCGAGGAGGCAGGUCUGGAGGGUACUCGCUCGCAGAUUUCGACGACGACCUUGGCGGUGGAAGGGAUGACUUGUGGCGCUUUCGUAGAACAUAAUGCGUCCCUGGUCACUCCAGCCCAGAUUGCAGAGGCCAUUGAGGACCGAGGCUUUGGUGCUACCGUGCUGGACACGAAGACUCCUGAGUCAUCGGCCGUGGCUUCGGACACGGCAGGAAAUAAGGCCCAAUUGAUGUCAACGACGGUCUCCGUGGAAGGGAUGACAUGCGGAGCAUGCACGUCAAGCGUCACAAACGCCUUCAAGGACGUUGAAGGAGUGGUUCAAUUUGACAUCAGCCUGCUGGCGGAGCGAGCAGUUGUUGUUCAUGAUCCCCAGGUCCUACCGCCGGAGAAGAUUACUUCAAUCAUUGAGGAUGUUGGGUUUGAUGCUCGUGUGAUCAAUUCGACACCACAGGUGGCUGCCUCACAGUCCUCCAAAUCCGUUCGUCUUUCCAUAUACGGUCUCCGUGACGCAGCUUCAGCAACCUCCCUGGAGGAUCUUCUACGGCAGAAGAAUGGUGUCGCAUCUGUCUCGGUAAACUUUUCUACGUCCCGCGCCAACGUCGUCUACAAUCCUACCGUUGUGGGGAUUCGGUCACUUGUGGAAGCUAUCGAGGAAGCAGGAUAUAACGCUUUGGUCUCAGACUCGGAAGACAACAACGCCCAGCUCGAGUCUCUCUCAAAGACUAAGGAGAUUCAGGAGUGGAGGCGGGCCUUCUGGUUUUCCCUGUCAUUCGCCAUCCCUGUUUUCCUCAUUAGCAUGAUCUUCCCCAUGUACCUUCACUUCCUGGAUUUUGGCAAAUUCCGGAUCAUUCCAGGCCUCUAUCUCGGUGACCUUGUCUGCCUGUUACUUACGAUUCCCGUACAAUUCGGCAUUGGAAAGCGUUUUUACGUGACCAGCUACAAAGCGUUGAAGCAUCGCGCCCCUACUAUGGAUGUUCUCGUGAUGUUGGGGACCUCGGCGGCGUUCUUUUUCAGCGUGUUCACCAUGAUUGUGGCCAUAUGCAGUCCGCCUCAUACGCGUCCAAGCACUGUAUUUGACACUAGCACCAUGCUCAUCACCUUCAUUACUCUUGGGCGAUGGCUGGAAAACCGGGCCAAGGGCCAAACAUCCAAAGCCCUGUCCCGUCUGAUGUCCUUGACUCCGUCAAUGGCUACAAUCUAUGAAGAUCCCAUAGCCGCAGAGAAGGCUGCUGAAGAGUGGAGCGCUUCCGAAGAAAAGGGCAAUACAUCGGCGCCGUCUCAGACACAGACUGUUGGCCAAAAGACCAUCCCCACCGAGCUUAUUCAAGUCGGCGAUAUUGUCGUUCUACGACCUGGUGACAAGGUGUCUGCCGAUGGCAUUGUCAUUCGCGGAGAAAGCUACGUCGACGAGAGUAUGAUUACAGGAGAGGCACGUCCAAUCUAUAAAAAGAAAGGCAGUACGGUCAUCGCGGGAACCGUCAAUGGUGCAGGAUCGAUCGACUUUAAGGUGACACGUGCUGGCAGUGACACACAGUUGAGUCAGAUCGUCAAGUUGGUGCAGGAUGCACAGACAAGCCGAGCUCCGAUUCAACGCAUGGCCGACGUGGUGGCUGGCUACUUCGUGCCCGUAAUUAUAGCCCUGGGAUUGCUCACAUUCGUCGGCUGGAUGAUUCUUAGCCACGUCCUUCCUCACCCUCCCAAAAUCUUUGUCACCGAAGGCAAUGGAGGCAAAGUGAUGGUAUGCCUGAAACUAUGCAUCUCGGUCAUCGUCUUUGCGUGCCCGUGUGCUCUUGGCCUCAGUACACCUACAGCAGUCAUGGUCGGCACUGGUGUGGGUGCGGAGCACGGAAUUCUCGUGAAAGGAGGUGCUGCACUCGAGGCGGCAACCAAGGUCAACCACGUCGUUUUCGACAAAACGGGGACAUUGACCGAAGGCAAGAUGAGCGUGGCUGAGGCGAGACUAGAACCAACAUGGUCAUCGAACGAAUGGCGCCGUAAGCUGUGGUGGCUGAUUGUUGGCCUUGCGGAGAUGAGCAGCGAACACCCCGUAGCCAAAGCGAUCGUGACGGCAGCCAAGGAGGAGAAUUCGCUCGCCAGCGGAGAUACCCUAGAUGGCAGCGUGGGUGACUUCGAGGUUUCGGUGGGUAAAGGCGUAUUCGCGACUGUCGAGCCAGCGUCGGGCGUCGAGCGCAUGCGUUACCGGGUCCUCCUGGGAAACGCUGUCUUCCUUCGUGACAACCAAGUCAAGGUGCCUGAAUGGGCCGACCCCAGUUUACAGGCUCCAGAUGAGGCUGCCUCUGCGGUUUCUGUUUCUUUGAGGCCCAAUGAAAAGACUGGGUUGACGCAGAUCCACGUCGCCAUUGACGGACAAUACACUGGUACCAUUUCUCUUCGAGAUGCCUUGAAGCCAAGUGCAGUAGCUACUAUUGCGGCUUUACAUCGCAUGGGCAUGUCGACCUCUCUCGUUACAGGUGACACGUACCCCGCUGCCCUAGCCGUUGCUAAAGCAGUUGGAAUCCCUGCGACGUCUGUCCGUGCUGGUGUCUCUCCCGCUGAAAAGAAGUCGAUUGUAGCUUCUUAUCAGGCAUCUGGGGACCGCGUCGCCAUGGUGGGAGAUGGCAUCAAUGACUCUCCCGCGUUGGCGACUGCGUUUGUCGGCAUUGCACUUGCUUCUGGCACCGACGUUGCGAUGGAGGCAGCUGAUGUCGUGCUGAUGCGGUCCGACGACCUCCUGGCCGUGCCCGCCAGUCUGUCGCUUGCUCGCACGAUCUUCAACCGUAUCAAGCUGAACCUGAUGUGGGCUUGUGUAUACAAUGUUAUCGGCUUGCCCUUCGCCAUGGGACUCUUCCUCCCCUUCGGCGGAAUUACUCUCCACCCGAUGGCGGCCGGUGCGGCCAUGGCUGCGUCCAGCGUGUCUGUGGUGUGCAGCAGUCUGCUUCUCAAGUUCUGGCGUCGCCCACGCUGGAUGACUGUGGAACGGUUGGAGAAGGAGGCCUCGUUGGGUCUGACGAAUCCACCGGAAACUGGGAAGACACGGUGGAAGAAGAGUCGGUUUUCAGGCCACUCCCGGACGCGCAGUGUGCUGUUGGGAAGCCUCCAUGACUACCGCACCAGGAUCACGCGCGCCGUGUUUGGCAGGCAAUCCAGACAAGCCAGAGAGGAGGAAGGAUACGUGCCACUGCAGACGGUGGAGCCAUAA